AGGAAUCCAGAAGCGUGAAAUGUGUUGAGUGAAAUCAUUAUUCAAAUUUUCAGACUUUCCCGGCGAAGCUUAAAAAUGACGUGAGCGUGAAGAACCAGACGGGAUGCUCGUUUUUCUUGCUGUUUGCGUCCUGCUCGUUUAUCUAUGUUAUCGGAGCCUUUGUUGGAUUCUACCACUUGCCUUACGAUGGUAUUGCAAACACAACGAGCUUCCCGAAGUCUGUAUUGGCAAGUUCAAUGUCUUCAGUUUCGCUUUCAUCAACAUACGAGUGGUGAAAGAUGGCAUGGUAAUUCAUGUCGACAAAAUCAAGUUCACAAGUAGCUUCUUUUCUCGUGAUGUCACCCGGCCAGUGCACAUCAUCUGCCACGACAUUCGGAUUGAACGUGACAUCCAAAAGAAGAAAUCGAAGAUUAAUUAUGAUGAAAUCGCCAUGUCUCCUAAGAUUUUUUCUAUGAUCCAGUUCGUGGGUAUCGAAGUUUUGCAUGCAGAUGUAUUUCUGAGGGAUUCAGCCAGUCUCGUUAUGGCAACAGUUGAACGAAUCGCAUUGAACGGCACCUUGAAUACCCCGUGCUCCGGAUCAGUGCAGUUGAUUAUUUCUUCUUUGGCGAUCAGACUUCAUUCCCGUGGCAACUCGGACUCAUGUUUAGCGCAGAUCAGUGGGAACAUAAUCUCCGACAUGCAGUUCGUCAGUGACGCUAGUUUUCGAUUUUCUGAUAUCAGCUGUGUCGUGGAAAAUCCCGACGUCACCAUAUGGGAUCCACGAGGGAUUUUUGGUUGUACGAAACAAAGGGAGGGUUUUGGUGGUACGAGCAAGGUAUCCUGGCUUCCGGACAACUUCGACUUCUGCGUACGGGACGUGAACGGACGAAUCAAGGAUGCGAAAAGUUUUUCCAUUCGACAAUGUUCUGUGAAGUGGACCAACCUUGCGAAUUUGAUUGCCAGCACCGAAGGAGAGGACCUUUUUGAACUAACACUAGAAAUCCUCGCAGUUACCGUUGAAUCUGGAUCGCGAGAGAAACUGUUCUUUUUGGAGUCAUUGACACAAAAACUGAUCAUAUCCUCGGGGUUCGAAGAAAUCGAUGCCGCUGUAGAUCUCCGAAGCUGCUACGCUUCAUUUGACCUAUCAAUGCUUCCUCAGUUGGAGAACAGUGAAUCGGAUGGAAAUAUGCUGAACAAUUUUGGGAGAACUUGCAGAAUGAAACUUGCAUUAGAUGUCAGAGACUUCAGUGUAUUCGUUGAACCACGACCUGCAAGUAUAUCGCAGUUCCUCUCCUGUUCGCAAAUACGCAUGAGUGGAAAUUUCGAAGGAAACGACGGAAAUUUUUACGAAGACGUCAGCGGUGAAUUACUUGUUGAAGAUUUGUCCUGUUCCUUGUCGAGAAAAAGGGACCAGCAACUUACGUCACGUUCAAGCCAUCACUGGGGAAAUAUUUUUGGCGUCGGUGUUACCAUGAUAACUUUUCGCUUCCUAGAAAAGAUCUUGACCGUUCAAGCAGUAUUAGAUCGUGUGCAAGGCGAAUGGAGUGAUGAUUUGAAGGAAUUCUUGGUGGAUUGCUCGUCGGAAGUUGUGAGGAAGAACUUCGGGAGCAGACCUGGGAAGCGAAAUUUCAUCUCGUCCGUUGUCCUUCAAGUCAACUGCAAACUUGUUGAUGUGUUCAUGGUCACCAAAGAUGGAUUUUGCUUGCGUCACCGAGUUGACCAGAUCAUACUUGAUACCGAGGAAAAUGAUCAAAAAUUGCUUCAUCUCCGUGGCUUCAAGAUCAUGACGCUCUUUGCAUCCGAUGUGAAGAAAGUGAAAUUGGAUGAUAUCCAUCAUACUUCACUCAUCUUAAAAGUUGCGGACGUGAAGUAUUGGUGGCGGAAGCCCUCGCCGAUGCGGACGGAAAUGCGUAUUGCGAUUGAUGGAAGACUUCACCUCAGAUGGGAAACCAGGAUACACCUAGCAUAUUUUCAUGUUUGGGAAGCACUGAAUGACAGUAAUUUUCUUGGUUUUCAUCGCAAAUCGAAUGUUGCGAAUGUACUGGCAAUUCGUCCUGUGAUAUCUGCAAGUUUUUGCGGAGCGUUGGAUUUUGAAAUCCUCUUAAAUCCUGACCGCGUGUUUUCGCUUCAUACGGGACAAGUGGAGAUGUCCAAUGAGUGGAACAAUCCGAAGAAAGGCGUGAGAUUUGAAACGGACAGAAUCAGCGUCGGGUUCGAUUCCCAUCUCGACAUUUUUACAGUACAAAAAAUUUCUGUUGAGUCGUUUCCAGUGGAAGGGGAUUACAGUGGGAUGCGAAGCGAUUGGGAGGAAUUGAUGAGGAGGAAAAAUAGAGCUUGGAAGUGGACUAUAGCCUCAUUCGCCUACAAAUUGCCGUACAAGUACAAUUUUGCGCAAGCUUUCAAUAAUGAAUUGAUGGCCGUGAGGAAGUGGCUGAAAAAUUUACAUGGGUGGAGCUCAGAGCCAUUCAAGAAAGAUUCACGGUUGCCAGCAGACUUCAUGAUUUCCAUCGGAAAAUUCUCUUUCGAACUCAGUGAUGAUCCAUUCGAGACGAAGCUUUGGGAAAAUUACUCGUUGAUGGAAGAUGAAUCUAUUGAGCGAGACCGGAGGGAAGAAGCACUGACGCGGGAAAUCAAGAAACUUUUCGCUGAUCAACUCGACUUUGAUGCCCGUCUGAAAGAAUGUCGACAGAAACUGACUGAAAAAGACUCCGAAAUUUACAUCGUGCGUUCUAAGAAAUUGCAUAGCAACGCCGAUAAAAAUUCGGCAAAGCUUUUCACCUGGAUAGUGACAGACGUGACAAUAGUAGCCCUUGCGGAUCCGAGUUUUCACGGGGAAGAAAAUUGCCUGAGGGUGUUGCGAGAGCUGGAUGAAAGCGGAGCGAAUUUACCUGAUGACGUCAAGUUUUGCAUACUUUGGUGUCGCGCGGUUAUGAUGACCGGGAAAGAAUUCGUUCUGCGUUUGCGGGACUACCCUCAGACUCUAAUUGAUCUGAGAAAUUUUAAUUUCUGGGGGAAAUUAGUGGGAGCGGAGCAAAUACCCACCUUGAGAGCUAUUCGAACGUCAGAAGUACACAUCAAGAAACCGUGGAAAAGCGCUGAAGUCGAAAGAGGAAUGAUGCCGCUGAAAUUCUAUCACGGACUGGAGAUGGACAUCGGCUUUUUCCAAAUCGCUUAUGGGCCAUGUUGGGAACCUGCCUUAGCCCAGUACAACCUAUCCCUUGAAAAUGUUUUCGCACCGUCAAUUGAUCCUAGUCCACCUUUGCCGUUUUGGGACAAAAUACGAAUCAAGUAUCACGGAUCUGUCUUGGCUCGUGUUCAGAAGCUGACUCUUCUUCUGCAUGCAUCGUUGGAUCCGUAUAAUACUACAGAAGAAAUGGCGUUGCAUUGGACAAAUCUUGUGUUUGACUGGAGAAAUGCCAAGUUUACAUUUGUUGGCGAUCUGGAAGUGUCGGUUCGCACUGCAUCGAAGUACGACGAUUGCCGCCUUCUGCAUGUUCCUAAUGCCAAGUUGGUCAUCAAGUUGAACUGGAAAUGUGCGCUAGGAAACGCGGAUGAUCAUCAUUCUGUCUCUCCCUGUUCGCCGCAUCGACUACCCGAGUAUUCUUCGAAUGUUGUUCACGAUUCUUACCGGGCUUUCAGAUCUGACAAUCUUGAUCUAAACGUGAGUCUCGACACACGUGCCUUUGCAGGCAGUAAGCGAGACGAGAAAGAAGAAGCUAGUGUGCUAUUCUUCGCAUCUACUUGUCGUUGGUUUGAGAACCUCAAGUUCAUCUUGUCAGGCGUGAGCCGUCCUAUAAGGAAAGGAAGACUGUUCAACAAUCUUCGCCCUCGUAAAAUCCCGCUGAGUCGACAUUACAGACGAGUGUCCUUCUCGAUUUCAUUGGAUAAAAUCAGAGUCAGUUACUGGAUGUCAGCUGCCAGGCAGAAAGGAAUGCAGCUUUUUGGCGGCCCUCUGACGAUGAGCUCUACCCAUUUGCUGACUUUGUUACCGGUGAAAGAUGGUCUGAAACACAGACCAAUUGCGAGUUGGUCAAUCUUGGCCAUGACGUGUAGUUUAAUGGAUGCAGAGAUUUGGCUAAUGAGUGCGUUGAGUCCGGAAGAUCUUCCGUCGUCAUCGUCCUCAUCUUCAGACGAAACCCUGUCAAAUGGCAAGGAAACGCCACCUCAUACUACUCCCGAAGCUCAAAAAGUCGAGGAACGCACGAUACCGUCGGUUCCGAGAGUUGAGAAGCGGUUCUUCCUGAGCCUGGCCCGAACAGAAUAUGUCCGAGACGGCGAUGAUGACUCAACUACGGCGACGCGCUCCUCGGGUCAGCGAAACAAUAAAGCCAUCGGGGAGCCAAUGCACAAGCUUGUUGCCGUGGAUUUGAGAGGAGCGUGGACUACUUGGAACAAGGAUGUCGUGAUGUCGGUCGUAGAUGGAUGGCGGAAGUCGCAGGCUUUGAGGAAAAACUUGAGCCGUGACGUUUUCAAAGCUGUAACGCUGAACGAGCAGCAGGAACCUGUUGGAACGCUUCCUCCAAAAAAUCAACAAGACAAGCUAGCCAGAGUACACUCAGAACAUGUGCCUGACCCAACGAUGCUUCAGAAGUUGAUUGCUGAUAUAGAAAAUUCGGUUGCUGUGUGUGAGGAUAUCGAAAAAGAUGCUGCUUCUGAGGAACCACUGCACGGCCAAACCGCAUGCGUUACGGACGAUGUUGUAUCGCAGCGCUGGAAUAUUGAGUUGGUAAAUAGUCAAGUACUACUACGAGGGUGCGAGUCACACGGCUAUAUGAUAGUUUGCGCCGCCAAAGCUUUGAUUGUGGGUCGAGAGCAUCAUCCGGUUUGGAGAGACAAAUGUUUAGUGUCGAAAACAACGUGGAUCGGAUCAUUUGACGGCCUCCAGUAUUACGCUACUGUCAGCGCUCAGCGGCAGUCGGCAAAAUUUUCAGAUAUUCUGUGGCUAAGCAGAGAGAAUAUUGACGCCCGUGACGCUACGGUUAUAUCAGAACUUCCCGACUUGCCAGAAAUGGUUGGUUCUGGCCAUUCUGUGGGGGGAGUGGUGUCAACUGUUGUUGGAACGAGUGCAGUAGAGCCGGAUGAUGGAAAUUUCGACAUAGAGCUGCAACGAAUUGUAUCUCGUUGUAAAUGCGAAUGCUUCUACGUAUCGUACGGUGACGUGAGCAUGGAGCCUGGGGAAUUGAAGCAUGUUCCCCCACCGCCUGCUGCUGAUCUUGAUAUUUGGAACUCAAACCAGGAUCCGUUUGAUGCCGUUACCCUCAAGCAUCACAAGUUGCAUGUUUCUACCAAUCCUCUUCAGUAUGCCAUGAUUUUGGACAUCGUGAACAACUUGGUGAUGCAAGCACAGCCGAGGAAGAAGGAGAUCAACGAACGGCUUCAAACGUUGCGAUUUGAAACACAGCUGCAUUCGGUGGCCGAUCAAAGGAAGCCCAUCCUGAAGCUACAAAACGAUGUACGUGAAUCGGUGACUGUGUUGCGCCACCUCGAACGAGAAAUUUAUCUCGUUCAAAAAGAGUUGGAUGAGGAAGGGGAUGAUAAGGUGCAGGGAAGACUUCUGGAUAAGAUGAAGAAUUUGAAUGCCCAAGCUGGCGUGUUGAAAGAAAAGUUGUACGCUGAAAGCGAGGAGCUUAACUUGAAGCUAAGUGUUUACAAUGAGACUCAGAUCGUUGCACACAACAGUAUCCGAAGACGAUGGCUCAUGUCUCAGGGUGACAACUGGGCGAACGGGGCAGCGAGGCAUGCAGGGUUGACGAGAUCUUAUGAGUUGUGCUUUACUGAAGCGCAAUGGAGGCUGACAGAGUCUGACGGGCAAAUUGGGAUAGCGGAUUUGGUGCUACGAAAUUUCUUGUACAAGAAGGUUACGAAGAUAGACGAAUCAACGGAACAUUUAGCUGAGUUGGGGUACAUUGCGGUAAAGAACUUGAUCCCGAACGAUGUGUACACGGAUCUUCUGCGUCUGACUGAAAUUCAAUCGAAUAUGCCUAUGCCUAGACAGCAACGAGCGAUGCGUGUGUUCUGUCGAGACAGAUUGCCAGUUGGUGGCAUUGCUAUCAAGGAGCACUUUGAGAUCAAUUUAGCUCCUCUAAAUAUAGCGUUGACGCAGCAGUUUUACAAGAAACUUAUGAAAUUUCUUUAUCCUGGGAAAGACCCCGACACGUUGGAUGACGAAAACGUUUCUGCCUCUUCAACAUCUCUAUCCGGUUCUCGUUCUCGAAAGCAAGCGAAAAACAAGCAAAAAUCUAAAACGGCCUUUUACGUCGCCAUUCCAAAUGACGUCGAGAAAAUGAAACAGCGCGCGGAGAAGAACAUGAUGUUUGUGUAUGUUAAAACAACUGAAUUACCCAUCAGACUGAGCUAUAAGGGCGAGAAUAAGUUAUAUAACUGUGAGGACUUACGUGUCACCGUACCCGUGAUGGAAGUGCACAACAUGACUUGGACAUGGCUUGACUUCCUCUUGGCUGUGAAAGACCACUCCAAAAUGGCGUUUGUUACCCAGUUUUUCAAACAAAAAAUCAAACCGAGAGGGCUGAAUUCAGCUGGCAGUGUGGCUGACAUAGGUUCUGAAGGAGAGAGCCGAGUUGAGGAAGAGGAAAUUCGGAAAGUGCAGCGUGACUGGAUGAUGUUAUCUUCCACUGCUAGCAAAAUGUCUCAACCCGACAGUGACGAUUGGUCGGAUUUUUGGCUGUUCCGCUUGACGGUCAAUUUAUUCGGCUACGCGACGGUCUUAUUGCCAGGUUACUUGCUGGUUGUCUAUGCAAGGAAGCAAUCGCAGCUUAACCGGCUCGACAAUGUUGGAUAUUUUUCCAAGUUUCUCGUUCUGCUCGUACGUGGAGCUGAACCGGAUGCUGAAACAACCAUGCACGCUGCAAAAACCGAGAGGCUGAAAGAGCAACGCUCUACUUUUGGAAAUCUCGUUGUUCUCCUCCAAUGCUUCUUUGGAUUGCAGAUCUCGUACCUGACUUGGGGAUAUCUUCAAGAAAUGAUGAUGACUCAGGAGUAUACGAAUGGACCCCAUUCUAAAAAAUUUGGUGAUUCCCAGUUUCUGGUGUUCGUGAAUCGUAUCUUGGCAUUUACGAUUUCCGGGAUUUACAUUUUGAACACGCAUCAGCCAAAACACACCGCCCCACUUUAUAAGUAUUCCUAUUGUGCCCUGUCGAACAUAUUGAGCUCCUGGUGCCAGUAUGAAGCGCUCAAAUACGUCAGCUUUCCAGUGCAGGUCUUGACCAAAGCUUCAAAGGUGCUGCCGGUAAUGCUAAUGGGAAAAUUGGUAUCGAAGAAAUCGUACGAAAAUUACGAAUAUUUCACUGCGGGAAUGAUCUGCGUUGGAAUGACUUUGUUCUUGAUGAAUUCUGAAGACGAUUCAAAAGGCUCUUCUGUCACAACGAUGUCGGGGUAUAUAAUUUUAAUCGGAUACAUGGCGUUUGAUAGUUUUACAUCCAAUUGGCAAGGAGCACUGUUCAAGACUUACGGAAUGUCGUCAGUUCAGAUGAUGUGCGGUGUAAAUUUCGUCUCCUGCAUCCUGACUUCGGUAUCACUAUUGCAACAAGGAGGCUUUCUUGACUCGUUCAGUUUCAUGUUCGAGUUCCCAACGUUCGCUGUUCACUGCUUCAUCUUAUCGAUGUGUUCAGCUGUGGGUCAGCUAUUUAUUUAUUAUACCAUAGCUCAAUUCGGACCGGUGGUAUUUGUGAUUAUUAUGACUGUUCGUCAGGCCCUCGCGAUCGUAAUCUCAACCCUGGCAUAUCAGCAUGAUCUAGGAGCGUGGAGUGUGUUCGGAGUUCUCAUGGUUUUUGCGGCAAUCGGUCUAAGAAUCUACUGUUCCCAAAGACUAAAGGUUGUCAGGCAACGUAAACAAGAAACGAAAUCGGAAUUGCCAACUUGUAUACCAAACAUCAUGGGUCGCGAAAUGCGGUCGUCGCUGCCGUUUCAGGUGAGCCUCUGGAGUGGUGGAUGGUGCUCAACGCUGUGGUUUGCUUGCCAGGCCGGGCUUUUAUUCCACAAGCGGUUCAACAUGCGACUGCCGUAUGAAGUCGCGAGUGUUUUUGUGCCAGAAUGUCUUCUUCUCCUGUUCCUUGUCCCUCUUGAAACGAGCCGCCUCUCUUUGGCCAAGCGCGGGAAUCUUACAGUUCGACCGGAUGUGGUGAUCGUGUCGAUUAUUCUCACGCUUCCGUGGAUGGCGGGGCUCCUGUAUUUCAUGUUCUGGCAGGCGUAUGUAUUGAGAGUUGAAUCCGUUCUGAGCGCUGUGGCGCUUGGGUUUACUACGGCCCAGAUGUGCCUCGGAAUCGCUGCCGUUGUGGGGUUUCAUCGAAGUUCUUGA